GCCAGUUCCGCUCUCUGGAAGUUCAUUUCUGUGUUGAUAAAAAUAGAACAUUUCUGUCAAAGUUAACAGUUGUUUAUUUGACCCAAGAACAGAAGACCAUGGCAGGAACUGCAAGACAUGACCGGGAGAUGGUGGUAAACGCCAAGCGUCAGCUGUCAGCAACUUCAGAUCCCGUGGAGCGCCUGAGGCUUCAGUGUUUAGCAAGAGGCUCAUCUGGAAUUAAAGGGCUUGGCAGAACCUUCAGGAUUAUGGAUGAUGACAACAACCGCACUUUGGAUCUGAAGGAGUUCAUGAAAGGGUUAAAUGACUAUGGAGUCCUGAUAGAAAAAGACGAGGCCCUAAGGCUUUUCCAGCACUUCGACAGAGACGGGAGUGGGCAGAUUGACUUUGAUGAGUUCCUAAUCACACUCCGGCCACCAAUGUCAAAUGCGAGGAAAGAGGUGAUCAUGCAGGCGUUCAGAAAGCUGGAUAAGACAGGUGACGGCGUCAUUACCAUCGAAGAUUUGAGGGGUGUAUACAAUGCCAAGCACCACCCAAAGUAUCAGAACGGCGAGUGGACAGAAGACCAGGUGUUCCGGCAGUUUCUGAACAGCUUUGACUCCCCAGAUGACAAGGAUGGAAAGGUGACCAAAGAGGAGUUCUUGAACUACUACUGCGGAGUCAGCGCCUCCAUCGAGAGCGACGUCUAUUUCAUCCUGAUGAUGAGAAGCGCCUGGAAACUCUGAAAUGUGCGUGCCUUGCCAUAUGAUAUGUGCCUUUGUGGUUUUUAGUAAUCAAUAAGUCAAGCCGGGUGUAUGGAAACUGUCUGUCAUGUGUUGAAAAGGGUGGGGGGAAGUUAUUUGUAUUGCUGUAAAUACUUUUUUUUUAAAUUUAAUUUAAUUUUUAGAAGUUAUAGUUGGUUAAAUGUUAUGUACUCAAUCAUGUGUUUUCCCAGUCAUUACUUUUAUUUUUCCUUUCGGUGAGUCUUUUUUAGUGAAUCUUGUCUUUCGAUGUUGAGUGUUUAUGGUGCCUCCCCAACAACAAGCCCGUGCAGUAUGAUGUCAGUUGAAUUUCAUAGCAUUUAUUCAUGAUACCACUUUAUAUACACUAUGGACAUGCAAGAACAUCACAGCUGCAUUUUUACCUGUGCCUUGUUCAUUAAAAGAUAAUAUGAUUCGGA